AUGAUGCCUUCAUCAAUUGUAGUGAAUAGCGAAAACAAUGAGGAUCAGUCAUCGAAAACUGGUAAAAUAGUAGAAGAAGAAUGGAAUGUAUCUGAUACAGCUCUUUCGUCUGAAUCGACUUUAUAUGAGAAUUCUGGAUUUAGUGAAAGGUAUUUGGAAAAGUCCAAAUUGCUAUCAAGAGCAAUUGAUGAAAUAGGGUUUGGAAAAUACCAGGUCGGGCUUUUCUUUGUGGCAGGAUUCGGAUGGCUCUCUGACAAUGCUUGGCCUAUAGUGACAAGUCUAAUUUUACCAAGGUUGACGGAGGUCGAUGGUGUACAUUCUCCAGCAGGAAAAGGGCCAUAUUUGACUUUAGCUCAGAACUUGGGAUUGUUAGCAGGGGCUUUGGUCUGGUCUUUGUCAUCAGAUAUAAUUGGAAGAAGAUGGGCAUUUAAUUUGACGUUCUUAUGUACCGCAAUAUGGGCUACUGUUGCAGGAUCAUCUCCCAACUUUGCUGCUAUAGGGGUCUUUUCUGCAUUGUGGAGUUUUGGAGUCGGAGGAAAUCUUCCAGUGGAUUCUGCAAUCUUCAUUGAAAAUUUACCGUCUCGCCAGAAGUAUCUUUUAACAAUGAUGAGUGGGUUUUGGGCUUUAGGACAAAUCCUUGCAAAUUUAAUUUCGUGGGGGUUAAUAGGGAAUUAUUCGUGUAGUGAUACAGAUACAGUUUGCCAUAAGGCUGAUAACAAGGGAUGGAGGUACUUCUUAUUCACUAUGGGGGGUAUUACAUUUCUAAUGUUUUUUUCUAGAUUUGCAUUCAGAGUGCUAGAAUCACCAAUGUUCUACAUGGCAAGAGGAGACGACGAGAAAGCGAUAGAGAAUUUGUAUAAAAUUGCUAAAAUUAAUGGGAAGUCUGUUAGUUUAACGCUAGAACAGUUGGAAGAGGUCGAUAAAAAAUACGGCGACCAGGAGAUUGUCCCUUCUAAACAUGCUCAUUUAUCGAAAUUCAAAUUGACUCAUAUAAGAGACUGUUUUUCAUCUCGUAAAUUAGCCAUCUCAACAUCUCUUGUUAUAUUUGCGUGGGGAGUAAUAGGUCUUGCAUUUCCUUUGUAUAAUGCGUUUUUACCUUCCUAUUUAGAAAGAAAUGGUGAUGCAAAUGAACCUCUCCCAGUACACCUAGUGUACAGAAACUCAUUGAUAGUUGCAGUUAUAGGUAUACCAGGUGCUAUUGUUGCUGGUAUUUGUGUCGAACUAAAAAUCGGUAGAAAAGGAACUCUUUUUAUUUCAUUGAUUUUGACGGGUGUUUUCCUCUAUUGCUCCACAACUGCCACUACGAGUAAUGCAAACUUAGGCUGGAAUUGCGGAUUCAGUUUUUUUUCAAAUAUAGUGUAUGGAGUUCUCUAUGCCUACACCCCAGAAAUAUUUCCAACAAGAAUUAGAGGCACAGGCGUUGGUCUUGCUGCUUCCUUCAAUCGUGUUAUGGGUGUAUUUGCCCCAAUAAUUGCAAUUUAUGCAGAUAUCACUACAUCUGCACCAAUUUAUGUCAGUGGAGCUUUAUUUAUGUUUGCUGGACUUCUUACAUUACUUUUCCCUUAUGAGCCUAGAGGUAAAUCUAGUUAUUAA